AUGGUCAAAUACGACGCUGUGAUAUUGGGUUGUGGAGUAUUGGGACUUUCGAUAGCUCAUGAAUUGACUAGGAAGGGAUUAAAAGUAGCUGUUGUAGGUAAAGAUUUGCCAGAGGAUAUACAUUCUACUGGAUUCGCCAGUCCUUGGGCCGGCGCAAAUUGGCAUUCGUUCGCAACGAAUGAAUCUGAGCGUAGAAGAGACGAAAAGACAUUUAAAGAAUUCGCGAGGUUAUCCAAAGAGAUUCCUGAAUUAUGUGAAAGAAGACCUUAUGUUUAUUAUUGGAGGAAUAAAGGUGAAUGGGAAGAACCAUGGUAUAAAGACUUGGUAUUCGGUUAUCGCCUGUUAUCAUCUUCUGAAAUUCCAUCUUCAUCUCCGUUCAAAUACGGAGUAACGUACGAAGCGUACACGUUGAAUACACCAUUAUAUCUCUCGCAUCUAGCGACGACGCUACGUGAGAAGGGUGUACCGAUAAUGAGGAAUCGGGUAUCAUCACUUGCAGAAUUAUAUGAUUUACCUGCAAUUGGUAAAGUCGAACUAGUGAUCAAUGCCAGUGGAUUAGGAUCCCGAUCGCUGAUAGGUGUUUUGGAUGAAUUGGUUUAUCCGGCAAAAGGACAAACUGUCUUGAUCGAAUCGAAAGACGUCAAUGAAUGCUAUGGCGAUAUAAAUCCCGUACAGAAAUCUAGAGGUGAAUCGACGUACAUCAUACCUAGACCAGGUGUCGACAAUCAUGUCAUAUUGGGUGGAUGCUAUUUGCCUAAUGACUGGAGCACGAAUGUGAAUCCCCAAUUGGCGGAAGAUAUCCUGAAAAGAUGCUGGGAAAUAUGCCCCUUGUUAGACGAUAAAAGAGGUACUGGCUCAUGGGAAGAUAUCAAGAUUAUCUCACAUAAUAUAGGUUUAAGACCUUGUAGAACGGGCGGACUCAGAUGCGAAUUAGAAUAUGUCGAAAUCGGUAAUAUCAACAAUAGGAAAAAUAGUUUGAUACCUUUUACCAAGACUAAAACUAAAAGUGAUCACGAUGAUCAAAAGACAGUAGCAGUCAUUCACGCAUACGGUAUUGGUCCAGCUGGAUAUCAGAGUAGUCUAGGUAUAUCAGAGGAAGUGGGUCGAUUGGUAGAUGAUUGGUUAUCCCAUUCGAACAGGAAACAAAAGAGCAAAUUAUGA